CCCACCACACUCUGGAACUCUCCCGUCGCUGCGGCAAAAGGCGGAUAUCUUAGGCUCCGGCCUUCGAGAAUCUUCUAGAACCUUCCACCAAUCUCCGAAGAAGCAUCGUUCCCCCUCCCCCCCGCCGCCAAAACCCCCAAAACCCUAAUCGCCGAGAUCGAGGGUGGAGAUGGAGAAGCAGCAGGUGGUGGUGGCAUCCGAAGCCUCCUCUUCCUCCUCCUUCAACAAUCCUAAGAUCAUUUGCCGAGUAUGCCAAAAGCAAUUUUCACAGUAUACAUGUCCUCGGUGCAAUACUCGGUAUUGCUCUCUUCAGUGCUACAAGAGGCACAGCCUCCGUUGCACAGAAUCCUUCAUGAGAGAGAAUGUCAUGGGGGAGCUGCAGCAAAUACAACCUGAAGAUGAGACUAAGAAGAAAAUGCUGGACAUCCUCAAGCGGUUCCACAUGGAGGAUGAGAUGAGCUCCGAUGACGAAGAUGAAUCAACGUUAUCUGAGGAUAUUGUUCAGAAGGCACUGUCUGGUGAGGAUAUCCGACUCGAGGACCUUCCCUCUGACGAAAUCAAGAAAUUUCAGAAAGCUUUAGCAUCUGGCGAGCUAAGCAAACUGAUAGAGCCGUGGACUCCGUGGUGGGAGAGGUCUUCCGCGAGAUCCCUCUCUCUUGGAUCACAAGGAAACCAACUUAUCACUCAAAUUGACAAACGCGAAGAAGAGACUAGUGAAACUUGUACUGUUGCUGAAGUUCCACCCGGACCUGAAAGUCCGCUUCCGCCACUCAGGCAGCUUACUCGGGCCGAGCCCUCCCCUCUUCUUGCAGUUCACCUAGUCGAUGUGCUAUAUGCCUACUGCUUCACGCUUCGCCUCUAUAAUGGAGAUUGGCACUCCGACCCUUUCGGUGCUUCCACCGUGGUCUUAACCAUAUCAAAAGUUUUGGGUGAAGACGGUAGGCCCGAGACGGUUUCACAGGCGCUCGGGGCUUGCUUGGAAACCACAUGCUCGCCGGCUUACAGGCAUGCCGGAGGGUUCAAGUUCGGCAUCGGACUGAUCGGUGAUGUUAUCGUAUUGCUGUCUUUGGGUGGGAAUGCUCUCGUAUGCGCGCUGUGUGACCUCCGGAGGCUAAUAGCGACGAGAGAGAGAGUCGGGGGCAGUCGGAAGCUCCUUCGGGGUGCGGAGAAGAAGCUGUAUUUUCUCAUGUGCUGGGUUCACGAGCAGCCGGAGGAGGCGUGGGUGUCGUUGGCGGCGAUUGUCGAAGUGGAGAAAGCCUCUCUCUCCGACUUGGAACACAGUAAUGUGCCCGCGAAAGGCGAAAAGAAGGGGAUGAUGCCUCAAUCCAAGGUUCUUAUAGAAGAGAUUUAGUCAAAAUACCAAAUUACGCCGAUCAAAAGUUAAAGUCCCCCCCAACUUACAUGUUUUUUCAUGACACCCACUCAACUUUCAUUUGUCUUAAAUUUUUCUUCGAGUCCAUUUAAAUUGGAAGUAGAUUAAAAUUUAUGGCUCCAGUAGCUAGUGGUUAUUUAUCAUCAUAUUUCUUCUGUGGAUGCUGAUCAAGUCUUCAAUUUAAUUGACUUGGAUGAUACAAAUUCAAAAGGAAUGAAAGUUGAAGGGGUAUCCAUUUCAAAAUGGCCUGUAGUUGUGGGGGCUGUUCAUGCAUUUUAACCUAUGUGAAAAGGGUUUGCAUUGUCCAGAGAGAUCUCAAAUAUUGUUGUUGUAGUUGUUCUGUUGGUUUAAGACCUCAGAUAGUUUUCGGAUCACUUGCCACAAAGCAGAAUGGAUUGUAAAGUUAAAAAAUGUGGUGUGUGAAUUGGACUCUCUCUAAAGCAUGAGAUAAAUAAACUGAGUUGUUUCUAACGGUUAGUUUA